AUAAUUUCUUGUUGUUACGCCAGUUUUCAGUACACAGUGACCUCGGUCGGGUCGUCCAAGCUAUUAUCAGAGAAUUCAGCAAGAAUCCGCCGCAAUUCUUAGAGGAUAUUUCGCCUGGCUCUACUAAAUCUCACCCAGACCUACAGGGAAGGAACUCGCCGUCUUACUCGCUUCAACAGUAUCCCGUCGAAAUCCCGUCGACGUCGUUCAAUUCGUAUUACAACACGCAGUAUCCGCAUCUGUCGUCCUCCAAUGCAAACACGAGCAUUUACAAUUACAACUAUACGAACUCCGGCCACACGUACGUCUCGUCCUCGAAGUCGUUCGGCGGCACGUCGCAUCACUCGGCGUAUAUUCCAAGCUCAAGAAACAGCACCCUUCAAAAUUCCACGUCCGCGCGGUACACCUCGGAUCAGCAGCAUGGCGCGCCUUACCUGAAUUCACAUUACGCGAACGCGAACUACCAGCAGCCGUUGCCGAAUCAAUCGCAGGCGAAAGCGCCGCAGAGCAUAAUAUUUCCCGAGUUAAAUAAUUUGACUAACGAGGAAUUGAAGAGGCUCAGCGAGGAUGACGAUAAGCUAGACGAAUUCCUGGAGAAACAUUCCGACAUUAAAGAUAUAAAUGCGGCGAUCGAGGAUGCCAUGGAUUGGGUUGAAAAAACUGCCGAAGCUAAUGCAGCCAAAGAACCCGAACUGAAGCAGCUGCAGGCUGAUGUAGCGGACAAGGUGAAAACGGUGGCAGCGCUGAAAGCCAGAUAUGAUAAUCUCAUACAACGAUACAACAAAUUGUCCGACGUCUUUACGCCGGAUCACAUAAAAGAGUGUUUGAGGCAGGCGGCGGAUGAGAGCCAUGAAGAGAGUGAAAAGAUUGCGGAGGACUUUCUCAACCGGAAGAUCGACGUCGAGCGCUUUCUCAGCACGUAUAUCGAAUGCCGAAAGCUGGGCCAAGCUAGGCGAACCAAGGAAGAGAAACUGGCGCAUCAGUUGAAUGAAUUGAAACGGGCUGGUUUCUGAGAUAAAUAAAAAAAAAAUAUAUAUAUAUAUAACCAUUUUUUUCUAUGACUCGAAAACUGUAAAUAAGAUUUAGUUAAAUUAAACGUUAUUGUGAAUUUAAAUUUAUAGCAUUCGUGAUUACCAAAUGUCUAAUGUGGCUAGAAGAUUCAACUGAGGAUUUGGCUGAAACGUAUUUUACAUAAAUAUUUUACGUUUAAUUCGCUUCUUAUUUACGCUGCAUUCUAAAUUAUUUUGAACCGCGUAGCAUUCCAGAAUUGUCGCAUAUACACAAGUGGCGCUAAACGAAUGAAAAAACCGAAAGUGCUUUAAGAUUUAAUUUAGAUGGAAUACAGUUACACGUAGUAUUCCGGAUAAUUUAAUGGGAUAAGAAAGCAAUAUAGUGAAUGGUUAAAAGAAUUAAGUCCGCGUUGAAAUUCGUGUAACAAUUUCAAUUCAAUGAGUACUUAUUCCAGUAGUGAAAGUAACAUGGCUUUAAUUAUGUUAGUUUUGCACAAGUAACAUGUACUGUCGCGGUUAAUUCUGGCAGAAGUGCGUUUUUUACUCUGUAAAUAAAUGUGCAGGGGAUGUAAUUAAAAUCGAUUUUUGAAAAUUUGCUAUUCGGUGACGUUACUUUUAAUUAUUUAUCCUGUUGAUGUUCCUAAGAUUGUAACAUAUUGAAAAAUUAUAUAGAUAUACAAUGGAAAAUCGAAAACAAGAA